UCUCACCAGACUUGCCGCAUCGCACGGCGCCUAGCAUCUCGCCAAGAAUGCAUGUACGGGAAGCUAGCUGACCGUGUAUGUAUCGCACAUACAUCUUGCCGACGGACCGUAAACUCACCUAGCUAUAUGCAGAGGAAAUCAGACUAAACACAAAUACCUGAAUCAAGAUUAAAGCUAACAGCCUGAAUGUUCCAAAUGCUUUUCUUCACCAGAUUCGUCAGUUAUAGGAUUUUUUUUCUAUGUAUAAACCCUCAUUUUCUGAUUAGUAGUAGUACUAGUUUUAGUUUUAGUGGAUGUAUGACCAUCGCAUAAUCAAUCAUUAGGCAAUAAAAGUACUGCAAUAUUUACUCCCCAACAGAACCGCAGGAGGUAUUGACUGCAUCUCUGCAUAUGUGAUACUGUCUAAAGGCUACGAAUUGCCAGUGCCUACAUCAGCCAAAGUGCCAAACUCCUGCCAUUUUUCGAAAAUCUUGUAUAUGUCCAGCAUGUUUAGAAGUUAUUUUGACCUGAACGUUUCAUUUGCUUGAGACACAUCCCACGCAAGAGCCAUUCAGAUUCAGAUCCUGAAUUUCCAAGGCUUAAAGCUCUCUCUGGCAAGUCUAGGAAACAAUAACAUUUUUAAGUUUAACGAUCCCAUUGCAACUGUACCUGAUUCAGUUCUCCGAUUACCUUCUCUAUGGACAGCUGUCGCUUUUCAGAUUACAAUGUCAUCCACAAUCACUUUCAGCAAUUAUUACCACUGAAUGCAAUUCACAAUUCAGUCAAUUUGUUAUACAUUUCAUUUCAAAGCCAGUUGGUAGUGCAUUGAAGGAAUUUGUUUGUAUAACUUGUAAUCAUGUGGGCGCACAAUACUGAAUUCCAUACCGUUAAUAAAGUUUGAUGCUGCCUGAAGGGUUCAAGGCUUGAAGUUGCCUCCUGCUUUUUGGCUGAACUUAUCCAGUCAGUUUACAAACAUGUUUAGGCUUAUGCCUACUGGAAUAAUUUAUGUGCUAAGUGUCUGCCUACUGGAAUAAUUUAUGCGAACCCAAUAAAAGUACUGUCUGCCUACUGGAAUAAUUUAUGUGCUAAGUGUUCCAGUAAGUCUGCACAGGCAAGAAAAAGUAUUUCUAAUAAAAAAUAUUGAUACUUACUCCUGAGCAUGUUUGAUUGACUAUAUAUGACAGAUAUACAAAUACCAAUUGCCUUUUAAGGUCUUUACAAAUGCUCCACAUUGUUAUUGAUAGUUAUUCCACAUUACAAAUAUCAUACUAUUUUUCCUAUGCGGUGCAUAAUUAAAUAAUGAGGACUGAACUGAACUUGCUGUUUAAAAGUCUGAAACAUAUAGCGAUGAACUUAACUGAACUGAGCUGAUAUGUAUUGUUCAAAGUUCUGGCACUCUGUAUCUUCUUAUUCUUUCAUAAAUGUCAUCAGCCUCUGAUAUCUGUUUAGCAAACACUGAAUCUCAGUAGCGGAAUCUAAGAACACCUAACUGUAUGCACCUAGAACUCAUGCAACAAAAAAAUAUGCAUACUCUAUUGAAGUCUUGAUUUUCAACAGGUUUUUUGCUGUAACAUUUAUGCAUGUUUAGCUUCUUCUACUUCUGUUUAAAAGAUUGUUUUCAAGAUAUUGAAGUGCUAAAGUAUGCCUGCUUUACGUUUUGUGUUUUUUUCUUCUGAAUAUGACUCAAUUUCUGAUCGUACCUACUCAAGGGCACAAGGAUGAGUUCAACGGUGGAUGCUGCUGGUACACACCAUAUUUACUUCUUGAUCACCUAUCUGAAUGGUGCAAAUCAAUAUGGUUUGUUAAUGCUAUGUCCAUUUAUUGUUUUUGUGUGCAGUAAGGAAAGGCUCUAAAUUGUUUAUCUCACUUAAGUUGUCCCUAGCAUUUGCUAUAAUGCAUAAAAUCCUUGUAUGGGUUAAAUUGCUAAAUCUUCAAUAUUGCUAAAUCUUGUACAGGUGCUCAAGGACAAUCUGACACUCCAGUGUCAGCUAAUGACAUGUGUCCCUGGAUGAAUGGCCAUCCCAUGCUCGCCGCUACCGUGCGCAACUACAUGAUGGUACUUUCUCUCCUUCAAAUCUGGGUCCUCCGAUCUGACACAAUCUAAUAACCAAGUCAUGCAAUACUUUUUUCUAUGAUUUGGGUUGUAGAAGCAGAUGGACAGAAGAAGAAAGGGCGAGGUGUUGUAAAAGGUGUUAAAGGAGCUCAGAAGCAUUUUGCUAGUGGAUCUGCGAAGCUAAAUAUUACAUUCUCUGAAACGUUGUGUGGUACAAUAGGAAUGAACUAUCGCUCAUUCAAGGAUGACGUGGUAGUGAUAAUGAAAAGGAAGGUACCACUCAUUGGGGUGAGGAGGUGGUCCGACAUUCACCCAAGUGUCAAUCGACUCAUUGUCGUAGAUGUGAUAGACAGAUGGGACCUAGAAGAUACACCGGAAACUGAAGAGAAAAUUUUCAGAAUUGCGCAAGAGCGAUAUAGAGGCUGGCGAUCAACUCUAAGCUCCACUUACAAGGCAUUCAAAACAGAUGAUGCUAGAUUGGCUAAUGUUCCGGAAGAUUUACAACCAGAAGAGCGUGAAUGGAUGAUCAACUACUUCGGCAAUGAUGAAAAAUUUCAGGACCCAAAGACUUAGCUGGACAGGGUUGAAAUACAUGAAAAACGCACAUAGUUUAGAGAGUUCAACUACCAUGGUAGCAAUGGACUCAACUCUGCUGGAUUGCUACAUUUUACUUUAGUUGCAUUUGAUGAAUAUUUGAUAUGAGAAUUAUUAUUUGUAUGAACCUACAUAUUAUACGUGUGGAUUUGAAUUUUGUAA